AACAAAAAUAUGCGGCGCGUGGAGAAAACGUCCACAUGUGCACGCUUAAAAGAUAAAGAAGAGAAGGACUUGCCCUGAAGAACGGAGCAGCCCAGCAGGAGACUCUCUGCUUUAAGCUUUGUUUCGCUGUGUUCCUCCUCACUUUGGUGUUGCAGGCCCUGCUCUGAGGUAAGGAUUUAAGUGCUGAUUAACUGAAUUUGCAUAACUGGAGCCCAAGACAACUCUAGUUAAGCCUCAUGCUUGCAGGCAAGGCUGCUCAUCCCCCAGGUCAGCACAGCCAGUUCCUAACCCCCACGCGUCGCUGGCAUGCACUCAUCCUGUCUGCAGGCAGCUUGGGACACCGACUCCAGGCACCUUCUUCAGAAGUCAGGACUAGCGCUGCCUCUGAAGGACUUCCCUCAUAAUGCAGGCAAGGUUGGACCAUACGUGAUGUGCAGGCACAGGAACUUCUGGGUCGCGCGGACGAGAGAAAAAACUACAAAUAAGGAAGGAAGAAAGAAGUGCGGCGGACAGAAGAACAAGAUGUUGGUGCUGUCUAACGACACGGCCCUGAAUUCACUCCUCUCCAAGCUGCUGCAAGACUACCUACAGCAGAAGAAUAGCUCUGCACCUUCCCAGGUCAAAAGCGCCAGCAGCAAUCUGGAAAUCAUCUAUGUGCUGCUGCUGAUCGGCCUCUUUGGCUUCUUCACAGUGGGGGUCAUGCUGAGCAACAUCCGCUCCAAGAGGCUGGAGGGCUCCCGCGACCCCUACAACACCUACAUUGCCACAGACGUUUGGCACAAGAAGGACAGGGAGUAUUUUCAAGCCAAGCUCAUAGAAAAUUACAAGCUGUGCUGUGUCUUUGAAAACCAGCUGGCUGUGGAGCAGCCAAGCACGCAGAUUCCCGAGGCCAAGUCUUCCUAGGAAAAGAGGAGAAAGGAUUGCACUUUGCACAGGGACAGCCUGAGCCAUCCCUGGUAUGAACCAGGCUAGCUGCUUGCCCAUCUCUAGAGCCACAGGCGAUGGCCUCGGUCAGGCUGAAUAACUGUGAAUUGAGGGUGAAGCUGAUGGGUCUGUGGUGGCCCCGGUGCUGCAGAAGUGCCUGGCCACUAGUACCUUGUUGCAGUCACUGUAAGGUCAAGGAGGAGGACACACUGUGGGAGUAUCAUGGACUUAUCAGCUUCACCUAGCGAAAAAAGAAAUUGUUGGUGUUGCCAGUGUGAACGCUUGCAGUAGUCCAUGUAAUUAAAACCAAAUUGUAUCAUACACAGGCUAGAGGCGUUAACAGCCGUGUAUGGUUUAGGCAAUCAUUUUCAAGUAAGGCCACUUUCUUCUAAGAAAAAGUAGGUGAAAUAUUUCCUUUGCAUUUUUGUCCAGCAUAGAAUAAUAAUUCUACAAAUUGUACAACGCUGUGGAUGACCUAUUUCUUCCAGAAUCAUGCACCUCUUUGAGAUAAAAUUUUAGAAAAAGAUAUCCAUUUUUUGCUGAAAACCACUUCCGUGGAAAAAUGCAGACUUUGGAGGAAAAUCUUUUAGUGGCUCUCCCUAAUUGCUAGCAGGUAACCCAGACCAGUCUUGCUGGCUGCUUUUGGUAUUCCUUUUCCUGGAUGGGGUUUGAUCCUGGCAGCAAUAUCCAACCUUGUACAAAGAACCAGCAGCAACACAGUCUAUGCAAGUGAGUAAUGUUUCAAGAGUUUCAGUCACAUUUAAUUGUUGCACUUACUGACCUAAGUGCUAGCCCUUGGUUGGAAAGUGAAUUGCCACUUUAUGAAAAGCAGUUCCACAAAGUGUCUGGCAUUUAAUCACUGAUACAGCACACAACACAUCUGUGCUUAACUUAAAUCCUGUGAGCAGUGCCUCCAGCUUCCCAGAGCAGCCUCCUUCGGUACAACUCUUUAUCUAUCGCAGUACCCAACACAAAAGUGGGUGCCAACAAGGUUUUCCUGCCCUUGUCCUCCUUACCGUCUCCUUUGGUGGGCUGUGUCUGCUGAGCUGCAGGGGGAAGGUGGCAUCCAGGCUCAGCCUCUACGGCAGAAGCUACCAGCUGUCUCUGUUAAAAGGGAGAAGUAUGGCUCCCCUGGAUGUUGCGUUACUCAGAAUAGCAACCUCGCCAGCUUGAAGCCAGUUUUCUUGUUUGGGAUCAAAGAAGCAAUGGGCUGGAAGGGAGGUGUUUUUUCUUAUUUCUGCUUUGCAGAUGCACAUCCCACUUUUAGCUACUGGAGAGGGAAGAGAAGCGGGAAAGGCUUGAGAGACAGUCGUGCAGAGCAGUGGCUUCAAAGGCAAGGCGAGGGCAGAGCAGGGGCAGAGAGCUACCCACAUAUUUGGAGGGGCAAGCAAUACAAGUCACAGCACAUCCCCUUUCCAUACAUAGGUACUUCUUUAACACUGCACUUUCAUUAAAGUAAUAAUCUAGCCAUGUUUGUAUUCCCAUAAUACUUACGACAAUUAAAAAUGCAGGGUUGUUUUUUUUUUUUGAAGAUAUUUAUAUGGUGUCCACCAUUAGCCUGUGGAGAAGAUACAUGUUUUCAGUGUCUUGAACAGCUCGGAAAAAGUCUCCAUCAGCUUAAUUAUCUGAGUCACUUUUUCCUCUAGAGGAAUGUAAACCAAAGCCAGCCUUUGGAAAAAUGUUGAUUUCUCAGCCUGGGCACUGCUCUGCUGGGAUCUCACCGCUCAGUCUGUUUAUUACUUGCAUUUCCCGCCUGCUGUGAGAGUGCAAGUACUCUUGCUUGCUGGUUCUCCAGAGGCAAGCCUCUGCAGCAUUGCUGAUAAUGUUUAAACUUGCAUCAAAAAUGACCUGUAAUUACAUUAAAACCUUCAAACAUUGAGCUUGUCAAAAAGGCUGUCUUCUUCAGCUCCUCCCUCCAUCCCAAGUUUUUUUCAGGUAUUUUGGGUCUAGGCACUUGCUGCUCGCUUGAUUUUAAUAGCCUCAAUGUAGUUCUUUGUGAUGAGGGUGAUUGUCAGUGUUAGGCGGCUCCUACUUCUUUUUUUUAGCUCUGCCAUUUUAUUUCUUUAAAAAAGAGGGAAACCACUGUGCUUUAGUUGUAACGGUUUCCUGUGCCACCAGGCUACAAAUCACACUUCAGUGGCCGUUGUAGACUCCCAUUGUGGCCUUUCACAUUACCUUUCAGUCUUGCAGGUCUUUUUUCCCUGUUUUUUCACUUGUACAAAGCAAUAAAAUAUGAAUUACAAACUGUG